AUGACGUUCGACGAGGAGAAACAAGCCCACUCCAGCUCCGUCUCGCCAGCCGACGCGAGCCCCAAUGGCAGCGUCGCAGAACACAAUGCCGCGGCAUUGAAAUACGACAACAAAUUCCUCCGCCGUCUGCGCAACUUCGAAGACUCGCUGGACAAGAAAAUCGGCGUCGAGAGCCAGGCCAUUGUCAGAGUCACGCCAGAAGAGAAGAGGCCAGUGAAAUGGCACGAAGAGGCCAACAUGGCCCUUCUUUGGGCUUCUGGGGUUAUGCAGCUGUCCUGCUUUGCGACAGGCUUCCUUGGUCCCGAGUUCGGCCUCGAUCUCGGUUCGAGCAUCGCUAUCACCAUCUUCGGUACCCUUCUCGGUGCUGCCGUCUCCGGUUUCUGCGCGACUAUGGGCCCAGCAACGGGUCUUCGCCAGGUCUCUAUCUCCCGUUACAGCUUCGGUUGGUACCCCGCGAAGAUCGUGGCUGCGCUGAACGUCAUCUCGCAAAUCGGAUGGAGCUCGGUGGGCUGCAUCACGGGUGGACAGGCCUUGUCCGCUGUCUCUGACGGCAGGGUCAGUCUGGUCCUCGGUAUCGUCAUCAUCGCAGUCGGCGCUCUGGUCUUCAUCUUCUUCGGCCUGCGCGCUAUCCUCGCCCUCAACAAGUACGCGUGGUUCAUAUUCCUGGUUCUCUUCCUCGUCAUGUACGGCGAAGCGGCACCACAUGCCGUAUCCGCCGCCCCCGUCUCGGAAGACACCGGCGAGCCCCUGUCCGGCGCCGGGCUCUCAGCUCAAGCCCUCUCCCUCCUCGCCAUCGUCUACGGCUCCUCGGCGUCCUGGUCCUCGAUCGCCAGCGAUUACUACGCCCACUACCCGGUCAACACGUCGAAAGUCAAGGUCUUCUCCCUCACGACCCUCGGUAUCACAGUGCCCACCUGCAUCGGCAUGGUCCUCGGCUGCUGCGUCGGCUCCGCCUUCGCCACCAUGCCAGACUGGGCCGACACCUACGACAACGACGGCAUCGGCUUCCUGGUGCAGACGAUCAUCUACCCCAUCGGCUUUGCGAAGUUCCUGCUCGUCAUCUUCGUCCUCGCUGGUAUCAGCAUGAAUUGCAUUAACAUGUACAGCGCCGCGCUGAGUGUGCAGCAGUUCGCUCGCCCGGUGUCGCUUAUCCCGCGCUUCAUCUGGACCGUGGUUAUCUUCGGCGUUGUCAUCGCCAUUGCGCUUGCCGGGAGGGACCACCUCCUUGCUGUGCUGCAGAACCUCCUUGCGUUGUUGGGGUACUGGAAUACCAGUUUCUUUGUCAUUUUGUUCACGGAGCACAUUGUGUUCCGCAAGAGGAAUAUCGCCAACUAUGAUCUUGAGGGCUGGAACGAUCCGAGCAGAUUGCCGAUUGGUAUCGCGGCUGGUACUGCGUUCAUAGUCGGUGUUGUUGGCUGGAUCUUAGGUAUGGUCACAACGUGGUACAUUGGUGUCGCUGCCGCGGCGAUUGGCGGCGGUGGUGAUAUUGGAAAUCAGCUCACGUUGAUGAUUACGCUGGUCAUCUUCUUGCCGCUGAGAUACUGGGAGCGCAAGAAGUUUGGACGAUAG